GCCACAUCAUCGUUCAGACAAGCCAAGAGAUGGACACGUAUACAUAACAAACGCUUUAUUGUUGACAAAUUAUGUAGCGCACUUUUUUCACGGAUACCCGUUGAAUUAUACAUUCGGAAUCGACAAAUGACCUCAAAAUGACUACGCUUCAGCCUCAGACGAUUGUGAUAAAAACGCUGUCGGCUCGGACGCCGACGACGUUGACAGUGUCCAGUAAAAUCGAGCAAGAUAUGCUGGACGACCUGUACGGGGACGGGCAGCGGAAACGCCGCCGCCUUACACACCUGUCCCCGGAUGAGAAGAUGCUUAGAAGAAAACUGAAGAACAGAGUGGCAGCUCAGACAGCGAGAGAUCGUAAGAAGAAUUUUAUGUCUGAACUUGAGGAACAAGUUGCACUGUUACAAGAGGAGAAUCGCAAACUUGCUAGAGAGAACCAGUCCUUGAAGUCAGAGUCUGGUUCCCUGCAGCAUGAGAACGAGAAACUCCGUGGGCGACUGUGUCAGCUUAGUGGUGCGUCAAGCGAGGUAGAGGCGGGGCGAUCUGCAGUAUCAACUGACCUUCAGCAGCGAGGCCAAACCCUGCCUGUAUCUUGCUUGAUGAACACAAACGCAAUACAGAUGCUGACAUUAAGCCUGACAGUCUUGUUAGCCUGUUGCCGGCAAAGUGCAAGCCCACUUGGCAAAGUUCCGACAUCACGGUCACGCCCUCGACCAUACCCUUCCCCGUUACAGAGGCCGACCAAACAGAUGAGAGCCCAGUGGUGGGGCCCACAGCAACAGAGCUGGAAUCCUUCAAAGAACUGAUUCAGUUUGACCAUGUGUAUUUUAAGCCUCAGCCCAUGGGCAAGAUUGACUUGAAUGGUCAAGCUAAACUCAUUUCGUCAGUUUUGAAUAAAAGUAAUGAUAAAAAUUCAUUGCUGAAAAAAGAAAGUGCAAAAAAUUAUCUGAAAAAUGUUCAAAUAAUCAUCACAUCAGAUGAGUUGAAUAGCAAUAGUGACAAUGUUGCAGAAGAGAAGGUCAACAAUCAGGUUUGUAAAAAUGAAAAUGUGUUUGAUAUUGACUUUUUGAAAACAGAGCCAGAAAAUGAAAUAGACUCUGACAUGCUUACAGAUUUGAACUUUGACCUCUUGGAAGACUUGGAAAAAAUUCUCAAAGCUGACUCUGAUGGUCUGUCUUGUCCAGGAGACGAUACACUUAUGACCUCACAGGAAAAUGAUCAUGUAAAAACUGAACAGCCAAGAGGCACAAAGCGAAAAAGGAGUGUUAAUGAAAUUGGCGCCAUAGUUGACGAUCUCAAAUCAGUGGAAGUCCCAUCAUCACCUGUGAAACUUGAGCCCGUGGACUCAGACUAUUCAAGUUUAGGAGUUCCUUCCCCUUACAGUGCUUGCUCUCCUUACAGCAGUGUAGACAUUGCCUCCCCUGAACCAGUAGAAUCCCCAUUGGCAGACACCUUCUGGGAAGAAUCAUUCACAGAAUUGUUCCCUGACUUAAUGUAAUAGCCUGUAAACUCAGUUGACCUCAGGUUUCAUGGGGUUCAAAAAUAUGAACAGCUCGUCCAAUAUUUUGUUGGUCAUAUCAUGUUCCAUAGAGCUAAAUCUUAUAAGCUUGCAUCUUUGUAAAUGAAAUUCAUCAAAUCUUCAAAUUUAAGUAUCUCUGCUACUUAAUGCAUCAUAUUUAUUUGUUCAAAAUGAGCAGUCAUACCAGUAGUGGAGUUAUUCAUUCUCAGUGGUGGUGGGCACAGCCACAAUGAUUUUAGGAGGCCAACUUGUACGUCUCUUUUAAUGACAAUAUUGUUAUGUAUGUUAUUUAUUUGAUUUUAUUCAUGAUCUUUUCCUGUGAUGUAAAUAAAAAAAACAUGGACUGAUCCUUAAAAUAG